GUUGGUUGUGUCGGGUUUCCACGGAGGGGAACGCUAUUAAAAUAUCUACAAACAUUAUCUUUAAUUGGGCAGAAUUUUGCGCUUGUGUGCGCGGGUUUUUUUUUCAGUGUCGCUUUUUUUCCGAGUUGAUCACUGUUAUCAGUUUUGUUUAGUGCGGUUAGUGUUGUGAACGAAAAUGACAUCAGUGACGUGACAGUUCGAGAAAAUCGCCAAUUUGCGAUUCGCGCUUGAAAAAUCGGUAAAAAUGACACGUGCCACAUAAUAGUGAUGCGAUUAAAAGUAAUUAUCGCCGUCCCGUUCAUCUUGAUUGCCGACGAUUAACCAAUAACCAUCUCUGAACCGUGACCUCUUCGAUUUCCAAACGUGUUUUUCGACGUUUCACUUUUUCCGAAUCGGAUUUUUAACGGUUUUUUCUGUGUUCACAAACAGUGUGUUCGGGAUUUAGAACAAUUCUGUGUGACUGUGUUAUAAAAUUAUUGUGGAAAAGUGAUGCUGUGUGCCGUCUGAUUUUUCGAUUUUUCCGCUAAACCAGCGGCUAAACCGGGCCCCCACAAACCCUCAAAAUUACCCGAAUCCAGUCCCCAAAACCCACCCUGAGUUUCUCAGAUCCUUUCGGGCCUCCCACGUCGUCGGACGCGGGGGGCCCUUCCACCCCGCAGCCCGCCAUGACGACCCAGGAGGCCUUAGACCACCACCACCAUUUGGGGUCUCAGACCCCUCAUGACCCUAACUCGGCGAACUCAACACCGACAAAUGUCUCUUCAAAAUCCGCCUUUAUUGAACUCCAGCAGCACGGUUACGGGUUUAAGGGGGGUUACCAGCAUCCCCACCAUUUCGGGAGUCCUGGGGGUCAGCAGAACCCGCAUGAGGCCUCAGGGUUCCCUAGUCCGCGGUCGUUGGGGUAUCCUUUCCCUCCUAUGCAUCAGAAUACGUACGGGUAUCAUUUGGGGUCGUACGCGCCACAGUGCUCGAGUCCUCCUAAAGACGAAAAAUGCGGUCUCAGCGACGACCCUGGCCUCCGAGUGAAUGGCAAGGGCAAGAAGAUGAGGAAACCACGGACUAUAUACAGCAGUCUGCAGCUCCAGCAGUUGAACCGACGGUUCCAGAGGACGCAGUACCUGGCGCUACCGGAGCGGGCCGAGCUGGCCGCUAGCUUAGGCCUCACGCAGACACAGGUGAAGAUCUGGUUCCAAAAUCGUCGCAGCAAGUACAAGAAAAUGAUGAAGGCAGCGCAAGUGGGGGCUCCGCCGCCGGGCCUAGGGCUCCCGCCCGCCAGCCCGCCCAGCAACAACCAACUAUUACAUGGCGGCGGCGGCAGUUCGUCCGGCUCACAGCACUCGCCCGGCGCGUACGCAGGUGCCGCACAGGCGCACUCGCCAACCCCGAGCUCCACCCCCGUAUCUGAGCUGUCCCCAGGGCUAUCCCCCACGGGGACGCCAUGGGACGUGAAGCAGCCCCCACAACCAAAUUGGGACGUUAAGCCAUCAGCAGGACGAUCGCCGGACGGCGCGUCGUGCGACGUCAAGCCACCUCACCAGCAGUCGUGGGACCCGAGGGUCGGAUACGGCGCGCCGCCCGGCCCGUGGGACAUGAAAGGCGCGCACGCGCACGCGCUCCACCACCAGGGGGCGCCGCAGCCCCAUCCCCCCUACGUACCCCAGUACUCGUGGUACCAAACUGACGCAAACCCUGGACUUUUGACUCCGAUGCAGUUGCAGUAUUAUUCCAACUAUUGCUGACAGUAACUCAAGGACACAUCUGAUGAUGCUGAUAUUCAAUAAAUAGGGUAUGGCCUGCAGUGUAACAGCUCGGCGACGUAAGUUCACAAUAGUGAAAUUAAAGAUGGCGGCCGCUAGAAAAUGGCGGAAUUACCUGUCAAGUUAAAAUGACAUCUGUCAUUUUUAACGCACAAGAGCUGUAAAUGUGAAUUACUUGUAUCGGCACAACCAACUUUAACUUUAAGAAAAUUAUUUAAUAAAAUCAACUAAAAAUCAUUGUAAAUUUUUAUAAUUAACUAAAAAUAAGAUGUAAUUGUUAAAAAAAGGUUAUUUGUACAUGUUAUUGGGCAGUUGUGUUUUUACUACAAUUUUUUAUUAAUUUAUUUUGUCAAACGUCAAAUAUAAGAAAUAAUAGUUCCUAUUAUCAAAUGCCAUUUUAUUUUGGAAAUAAAUAAAAACUUUUGUAAGUUUUUAAUGCUUUUAAAUAUCAAGCUAAAGAUUUAUUUUCGUAUUUGACGUUCGCAAAAGUGUUGAAAUUGUAGGAAAAAUACAAAAAUUGGAAAUAUGACAGAUUCUGAUGUGUCUAUUAUAAACUAUUCCAAUUUAUUUAAUUCCCUCCAAGAUUUUACCAAGAAUUAAUUGUUUUAAGAACACUCCAUUUGCAAUAUUUUAAUUCAAAACCUUCCUGCAUCAUGAAUAUAUGUUAUAUGUAUUCAAAAUAUUUUGUUACUGUAUAUUGAGCAUUGAAAAAAUUAUACAUUACUGCACUUUAAAAAAAUGCUCCUAUUUUGAACAAAAAAUGAGCUUUAAUACAUUUUAUUUAUAUAGAGUAUCCAUUAAACAAGCGGUAACACAAACCAGGGGGUCUACCGCGAACAUCGAAGUUCGUAAAUUUCGGGCAUCUUACUCUUUUACUCGUGUUUAAGUGUAAUUAGAGUGACAGAGAAAGAUGCCCGCAAUUUGCGAAUUUCGGUUUUCACGGUUAUAGCCCAGUUUUUUGUGAUAAAUAAAUUUAAGUUUUCAUAGAACGAUAUUGUUUUGAUCUAAAAUUAAUUUAAUACAGUGUUUGUGCAAAAAUUGUGUUCUGAAUGCAACAUUUUUAUUUAAGCUAUAAAUUUUAUUUUUAAUUUCUAUUGCAAUUCCAAUAUUUUAGUCUAUUCGAAACACACUUUUACAAAUAUAUUUCAUGCUAGAAUAAUAAAAAAACUAUUUGUAUCAAGAAAUAAAAUCAUGUAGGUAAUUUCAAUUGCUCAAUUGUAUAAAUUUUUUGCAAAAUACAUAUUUAUAUUUUUAAUUUAAGUAUUAGGCAAUUAUUAUAUGUCGUAUAUUAAAAUUAAACAUGUACAUAAUAACAUUGAUGUGUUCUUAUAUUUUGAAAAUAUAAAUGUGUAUUUUAUAUUUUGAAUAGACUAAAAUAUUUAUUCUAUAUGGGACAUUACGGGGAGAAAUUGUAAAUAUAUUUUGUAUUAUAUAGAGAAAUGAAGUAUACAUAUAAAUAUAAGUAGAUAGUUUAAUUACUUUAUAACUACUGUAUUAUAAGGAAAGUGGAUAAGAAAAAAAGUGAAUUAAUUUCUUUUGUCAAAAUAAAAAGAGUAAAAGGA